UGCCGGGCCUCCUCUCGCCGCGGCCGGCCGCCGCGCUCCCGCCCGGGCGUCCAGCUAUGUACUCCCCGUACUGCCUCACCCAGGAUGAGUUCCACCCGUUCAUCGAGGCGCUGCUGCCUCACGUCCGCGCCUUCUCCUACACCUGGUUCAACCUGCAGGCGCGGAAGCGCAAGUACUUCAAGAAGCACGAGAAGCGGAUGUCGAAGGACGAGGAGCGGGCGGUGAAGGACGAGCUGCUGGGCGAGAAGCCCGAGAUCAAGCAGAAGUGGGCAUCCCGGCUGCUGGCCAAGCUGCGCAAAGACAUCCGGCCCGAGUUCCGGGAGGACUUUGUGCUGACCAUCACGGGCAAGAAGCCCCCCUGCUGUGUGCUCUCCAACCCCGACCAGAAGGGCAAGAUCCGGCGGAUUGACUGCCUUCGCCAGGCCGACAAGGUGUGGAGGCUGGACCUGGUCAUGGUGAUUUUGUUUAAGGGGAUCCCCCUGGAAAGUACUGACGGGGAGCGGCUCUACAAGUCGCCCCAGUGCUCGAACCCCGGCCUGUGCGUGCAGCCACAUCACAUUGGAGUCACAAUCAAAGAACUGGAUCUUUAUCUGGCUUACUUUGUCCACACUCCGGAAUCCGGACAAUCAGAUAGUUCAAACCAGCAAGGAGAUGCGGACAUCAAACCACUGCCCAACGGGCACUUAAGUUUCCAGGACUGUUUUGUGACUUCCGGGGUCUGGAAUGUGACGGAGCUGGUGAGAGUAUCACAGACUCCUGUUGCAACAGCAUCAGGGCCCAACUUCUCGCUGGCAGACCUGGAGAGUCCCAGCUACUACAAUAUAAACCAGGUGACCCUGGGGCGGCGAUCCAUCACCUCCCCUCCUUCCACCAGCACCACCAAGCGCCCCAAGUCCAUCGAUGACAGUGAGAUGGAGAGCCCUGUCGACGACGUCUUCUAUCCUGGCACAGGCCGCUCCCCGGCAGCUGGCAGCAGCCAGUCCAGCGGUUGGCCCAACGAUGUGGAUGCAGGCCCGGCUUCUCUAAAGAAGUCAGGAAAGCUGGACUUCUGCAGUGCCCUCUCCUCUCAGGGCAGCUCCCCGCGCAUGGCUUUCACUCACCACCCGCUGCCUGUGCUUGCUGGAGUCAGACCAGGGAGCCCCCGGGCCACGGCAUCAGCGCUGCACUUCCCCUCCACGUCCAUCAUCCAGCAGUCGAGCCCGUACUUCACGCACCCGACCAUCCGCUACCACCACCACCACGGGCAGGACUCGCUGAAGGAGUUUGUGCAGUUUGUGUGCUCCGAUGGCUCGGGCCAGGCCACCGGACAGCCCAACGGUAGCGGCCAGGGCAAAGUCCCGGGGUCAUUUUUGCUACCACCGCCGCCUCCAGUGGCCAGACCAGUGCCCCUUCCUAUGCCUGAUUCCAAAUCCACCAGCACUGCCCCAGACGGCGCCGCCUUGACUCCUCCGUCACCUUCAUUCGCAGCGACAGGCGCCUCCUCUGCCAACCGGUUUGUCAGCAUCGGACCCCGGGACGGCAACUUUCUGAACAUCCCACAGCAGUCUCAGUCCUGGUUCCUCUGAUAAGAUCAACAAAAGAAAUGACAAAAUGAAAAGAAGAGGUUCCUCAAACGGGGGGAGAAGAAAUUUUGAGACGUGGAAAAAAAAAUCCCCCAGCCCAGCCCAGCCCCACCGAAAAGCAAAAAUUAGACGUCGUCAGCCACUCAGCCCUUCUCUCCUCCAGCCCGGGGACCCCUGCAGGCCCCCAGAAGCAGCUCAGUUCUCAGAGAGCCUCGGAAGAGGUCUCGGUGGAGCUGUGCGCCAGCAGCCAAGCAGAAAGAAACAUGCAAAACGGACUCUGUCAAGUAGAGGACAGAAAGAAAGGAUGCAGAACUGCCUUCCUCCCCCCACAUCCCGUCCCGGCCUUCUGGGGAAGGAGCAAAAUCCCCAAACAAAGCAACCAGCACAAUUCUGAAGGGGCCUGUCCCCUACCCUCACCCUUCCCAGGGGAACCCCACCCUUGACUCCAGCCGGAGCUUCACUCGGGAGCUCAGAGGACCAGCUUGUAAAGAUGAUGGGGUGCAGACCCCGAGGGCUCUCCCCUGCAGACUCCACCCCCUCCCUCCCUCCCCCGACUUCGCCUCCGGCUUCUUCGCCUGGACUGGGUGAGGCAGGGUAGCCUUGAGAUCCCACCGCCCCUCCCUUGGGCUAGAAGUCCACCCCCUCCCCCACCCUGGCUCGGAAGGGGGCAUCUUCUGGAGCCAGUUUCAUGCUUCCAGAAAGGAGGGUAUUCUGCCACCCCACCCCGAGCUGCAGGGCCAGUUCCCCAGGUCCCAAACCCCUCUGUACAGUCCAUAGGAAAAAAAUCGGAAUGCUUUUCCAGACGGCCCCUCCCAGCCCGGGACAGGUGCCCUCUCCUCUCCCUCCCGAGGCAGGCCAGGAGGGUCGUCGUCCGGACCGGCCACGAGUGAGGGGAGCUGGGCCCCCGGUGGCGCCCACACCCCGGCCCCGCAUGCAGGUGCCCGCGCUCUGCCCCACCGGUCCCCGCCCCUGCCCCUCCCGCAGACAGCCCUGCCGCGGCGGGGCCGGAGAGUGGAGCAGAAAGGGGACCCCGGAGUCGAGCGAGAGUGAGGCAGCCGCCGCCGCUGCCGUCAGCUAAACCUCCACCUGCGCUAGGUAGGCGUCCUGCUCGCCGACUUUCAGUUCCUUUGAAGGGUGUUGGGUGUCGUCCUUUUUCAAAAAGUGUUUUGGAGCUUUCUCUGUCCUACCCCCCCUUCCCUCGCCACACCACCCCCAUGGCCACUUCUCUCUGGAUUUCAGCUGUAAUGUCUUUACUCUUUAUUUAGGGGUGGGGCAUUCAUUGUUUCGGUCUUUGCUGUUGCAAUUGGUAACCCCUCCAUUUGAGCAACUUGGGAACAAUUUGAUAACACACCGCAAGAAGUAGCUCUUCCCCCCCUCCUCCCCACCGCAGCCCCCUCCUCCUCCAAGGGAUGGUUGGGGGCAUGUCCAGAGGGUCUUCAGAAGCCCCCCCUGGGAGGGAUGGGAGCAAGAGCACGCCCAGCCCCCCUCCAGGGUGUGACUUGGCCCCGCUGGCUUGUCUUUCUGUGCCUUACUCCCUCCUCCCCGCCUCUCCCUCCUGCGCCCCUUUCUGGAGUCCUUGUGCCUCUCUUUCUCUCUCCUUAACUGUCUGAAAACACAAAGCACAGGUCAGGAUCCUCUGAAAGUCAAGCAACCCAACAUUGCACCACAUAGGGGUGGGUUUUGGGCUUUAUUUAUUGUGAAUCUAGUUGGUGAGGCUGUGGCCCCAAGCGAAGGGAGGGAAGGAGGGGAGGGAGGAGGCUGGGGAGGAGCGGAGGGCCCUCACCUGGGGCCAAAGGGGCCAGCGAGCGGCCGCCUCCUCCCCCGCUGGAAUCAAGGAGGUGGCUGGCCCCAGGGGUGGCUUUUGUUGGAAGUCGAGCGAAGCCCCUCCCCCAUCCGCGUGCAGCCCUCGGGGAGGACCGGGUCUGAGAAGCAGGGGACGGGGGAACCCGCGGGAGCCUGGGGGUCGUGGGGAGUAGGGCGGGGGGUGGUGGGGGGCCGGGUGGGCCGGGCGUGACGCGCGGUCAAAGUGCAAUGAUUUUUCAGUUUGGUUGGCUAAACAGGGUCAGAGCUGAGAGGGGAGCAGAAGGGACCCCGUCCCCCUGCCCGGCCGCACGCGCCCCUUCCCUCGAAGACAAUCGGGGCGGCGGGCGCGGUGGGCUCUCGGGGGCAGGGGGUCUGCGGGGCGCCCGCCCAGGCGAGGUCGGAAGCUGCAGGCCAGCUGGGCCGGGGCGGGAGCGCGCCCUAUAGGGCUGCCCGGGUGGGCACGGGGGUAGGGGGCCGCUCCUUUCCUAAGUGUCGUUGUGAGGGGCAGACGAGGGCGACAGGAGAUGUGGGGACGUGUUAGAAGAGAAAAAAAAAAAAAAACCCACAAAAAUAUAUAUGGGGGAAAUGAACUUUUUUUUUCAUUGAACCAAGUGCAAUGCAUCAGAGAGUUUUCCUAUCUUUGUAUGUUAAGAGAUUAAGAAAAAAAAUUCUAUUUUUGUUGUAAUGUCCUCGCGGCUCUGGGGACGCUAAAAGAACCGGGCCUGCCCCGCCCUGCGCGGGGAUAACGAAA